AUGCGAAUCAAUCAAGUGGGCUAUGAUGAGAGAUCACAAGGGGAAGGUGGUUGCAGCCAUGGUUCACAUUCGGCAAGGGGCUUUGCUAUAGUUGUUGCCGAGGCCAUGGCUCCGUGCAGAGAGCCCCACCCAAGCCACCCCGCCCCCAACCCACCACAUCCCAUCACAUCCAGAACCAGAAGCAGCAGCAGCGGAAAGAAGAUGGACUUUGCGGGGCAAGCCUCGAAUUUGUUUGGAGAAGAUGAAGAAUUUGAGGAUGAGGAGAAUAACAAUAACUAUUCAAACAACGGUGAAGAAGAAAAAGAGCAACAACAGAGCUCCUCUUCAUCGCCAUCCUCGUCUUCUUCCUCAUCGUCUGGCGGGUCUUCAUCGGCAUCAUCCGGAUCCUCCUCGUCCGACAGUCGGAGCAGAAGUGCAAGCGGCAGCGGCAGCGACAAUGACAAUGACAAUGAAAAUGACGAUAAUCAUGGCGAAGUGAGGUCUUCUUAUAAAAAUAAUGAUAACUGGAACAGUUACCAUCAUGAGAAUGAGGAGGAGACUGAAGAGGUUGAGGAUGACAAGGAUCUGUUUGGCUCUGAUAAUGAGGAAUAUGUGAGAACUCCUGCCACUAGUACCUACUUCGUGCCUGUUCUGCCCGCUAUACGAAAUACGAACAAUCACACAAGAGGGGGUUUUGGUCGUGGCCGUUGGCAAAAUGAUAGAGGACCUGGUCUCCUUCCCCGACCUGGACCUUAUCCACAAAGGCAGAACUAUGGUUAUGGUAACAGGUCCUUUAACGGUCCUCGUGACGAGCGUCUUGUUUCUGAAUUGAAAUUAUCAAAGAGUGAAGAAACUUUAGCAAGGAAAUGUGCAGCCUUUCAGGAGCCAUCUGAACUUGCUUGCUAUAGUCGUGUCGAAGGUGGGGAUGUCUUCUUUGAUGAUCGCAGCUUGAGGCUUUUUAAGCGUUUUAUCACUGAAGAUAUUGGGGCUGACUUGAAUGAAGGUUUUGAUACUUACAUUGAGAAAAAAGAUUUAGGUUCUCAAGGGUUUGGAGACCUUCUCACUUGCAUAAGAAAUAAAAGUAUUCCUUUACAAAACAUGCACUUUGUGACUUAUCGUAACAACCUUAAUAAGAUACUAGCGACAGCUUAUAUCAGGCAUGAGCCUUGGGAAAUGGGAGUGCAUAAACGGAAAGGGGUCAUCUAUCUUAAUGUGCAUAAACUACCAGAAAGGCCCAAAAGUGAACUGGAUCGUAGAAGAUGUUACUGGGGCUAUUGUUUUGAAGCUCUUGCCACUGAAGAUCCAAGAAGAGCUGAUGGAGAAGGGAUACAUCAUGUUGAUGCCAAUGCUGAAUUCUGCUCUGUGAUUAAAACCAAAUUAGGGGCCCAUCGAAUCCUGAUGGGUGCCGAAAUGGACUGUUGUGAUUCAACCGAUGAGGGUAGAAGGUUCUAUGUGGAACUUAAAACAAGUCGUGAGUUAGACUAUCAUACUGAGGAAAAAUAUGAGAGGGAGAAAUUACUCAAAUUCUGGAUUCAGUCAUUCCUUGCUGGUGUACCAUAUAUUGUCAUUGGUUUCAGUACUGGAAUGUGUGCUUCUGUUGUUUUCUUUAAGAUGUCACCGGCUCCCUUCUCGGGACCACGGGGACUCGACAGCCUCUUCUCAAUAUCUUCAAACUUUGCAGUAGCUAAUGGUGCGGUGCCUACAAUCCCUGCCGAAUUUGGCUCUUCAAUUGUUAGUGCAGGAGCAUCGUCCCUUGAAGUAUACCAGGUGUUACCACAAGCGAUGCAGUCCAGCCGGAACAACAACACAUGA